AUGACGAUGGAUGUUACCUGGCUUGUCCUCCUUCUGAUUGAGCACGCUGACCAUCGCUUGAACCGUGCACUGCAGGCUGCUUUCAGGCAGCUCAACCUCUUGCCCAAAGCCUUCGUCGGAAUUUUUUACGACGAUUGCUUGGUAGUGGCCGAUUCACAAGAUGAGCAACAGCGUUCCGUGAGUGAGAGUGAUCGUUUUGAUGUUCUGACGGGCCAAAAAAUUGGUCACAAGAAGACUGUGGGAUUCACCAUCCCUUGCACUGAACCGGUGUUGCGCUCACGUGGCCAGCUCCUCAAGCAGGUUACAGUGGACAAGCUUUUGGGGGUGCUCAUCCGCAUGGACAACCAGCCUGACCAGUCGCUGCAGGACAAACGGGCCCUCGAGGCGCAAGCUGAGAUCCACCCCAUCGCCAAGCUCCCUGUGCCUUUGGAGGAGAAAGCCACGCUGCUUGCCUUGAAGACCGCUGGUGCUCGGUACGGCCUCGAGCUUGAGGAGCCUACUGCACGGGUUGCCCGCGACUUCGACCAGUGUGUUCUGCAGACGCUGUGCGGGCAACGCGCCCUCAGGUGUAAGUACACCAGCAUGGGCUUGGCAUGGCGUGGACACAGACUCUUCAUUGAGAUGGCUAUCCCCUACCAGGCAUUUGACAUGGCCCGACGGCAGCUCCUUCGCCUUCCUUUUCCUGUGGAGCUCGUUCGCGAAGUGUGGGAGUAUCGCGGUGGAUGUUGCUUGAAGGGCCUUGGGUCUCGAGUUGCUUCGCGGCUAGGACCUCCGCUGUCGCUGGCCUUGUGCGGGCUCGUGAGUACUGGCUCACUCGUGGCGUUGUGCUCCCUGAGGCUCGGUGGCAGAAGCGGGCUUACAGGCGGCGUCAUCUUCAAGCUUUCUUGCGGAGUGAUCGCCGGGAUGGAGCCGCCAUGGCCCGGUGCCCUUGGUGUGGUCGUCAGCAGGUCCCGACGUGGGACCACCUCUGCUGGGAGUGCUCGAACUUUUCCGACGGUCGUCCUGGAGUACCACAGCAUCCUCUCGGGCGCAGACUUGGAUGGCCAAGUGGUCAAGGAGAUCGUGCCGCGAAACUGGUGCUGCAACAUAUGGCUCGUGUACGCCGUGUGGUCCUGGAGCGACAUGGAACCCACGUCUUUGACGAGGGUCACACAGAUGCUGAGCAGUGAGACGGGAGCGGGGGCGCUGAGCUCACCCGUCGGGGCACUGAUGGUGGUUGAUGCCCACCCUCUCCCGUCUGUGCUUCCUUUCGAGCGCGACAGCGGUGCUCCUCCGUUACUGUAUGGCACGGUUCCCCUUGUGCCAAAAUCGGAGUCAGGGCUGCCCGAGGAGCAACACCCUCUCACUUAUCUCUCGGUGUGGGCUGUUGGCUUUGACAAAGCUACUUACAACCUUUCGAAGGAUUGGCUGAAGGCCCUCAUGCCGGGCGAGAUGCGUGGCGCCAGACCGGAUGCCAUGACAUUGGACAUUACAUGGGCCAUCACGUUGCUGCUCGAGCACUCCCAUUGUUUUCAGCAAUUCAAGGCUGGCUAUCUCCUGGACCGCGAACAGUGCUUCGACCGUCUGCCGUGGAGCAUCACUUACGAGCUUGAGGCCAGCGUGGGGUAUCCGGUUGCUUGGACAGCAGCGGACCGACGCUUCAACAAAGAGCUACUCACUGCUUUCAGAUUGGGGCCUUCUGGUUGGGCCAUUCUGGGCUUGCACAAACGCUUCCAGGCAAGGUCGUGCUUCCAGCGUGCGCCGUGUUGCACUGCUAACGGGAGUCUGGGGCUCACGCAGCCCUUCAUUGGCAACUUUUAUGACGACUGCCUUGUGGUUGCCAACACGGAAGCCGAGAGGCAGUUGUCGAUGGACGAAAGCCACAAGUUCGACGAGCUUACGGGGCAGUUGCUUGGGCACAAGAACACGGUUGGCUUCGUGGUCCCCAGCGGUGUGGCAGUGGCACCUUUGACUUCCCGCGGAACCCCUCUGAAGCAAGUUGCUGCCGAAAAAUUUGCUUGGUGUCCUUGUUCCUACUGA